AUGCCGGACUCUGCUACGUUCAAGGCGCACCACAGGCGACGUAAUACUGAACCAAUCAUGAGUGAAAUUAAUGUUAGUCGCCCUAGGCAUGCGUUCAGCCAGAAACAGCAGGCGGCACUUGAAGCAUUGAGUGUUGACACUGACAUAGACUCACCAAUCAUAUAUUACUUGCUGCAGUCACUCUGGGACCGAAACCCGGCGCGGUCUGAAAUAUCAGUAACUCCAGAGAAGAUGCAAGAGAACGCAAACACCUUAUUCGGCAUGCUCAUUCUGGAUGACGAAAGUUUGAACUAUGGGCGCCAUGCCUCGGAAGUGGUGUGGGUAGGGGAACACCGAAAAAUUGUCGAUUUAAAAGAUCGUUUGACCACAUGGCUGAAAGCGACCGAAGGGUCAAAGGACAUUUCGGGGGUAUCGUCGACCCACCACCAACCAAGGACACUAGCAAGUUUACGCCAAGCAGGUUCGUCGCGUGGUGCAGGGUCAUCAAGGCAAACACCAUCCUCAGAGCCAACACGCACUUCUCACCGGAUGGAAACAUCACUUUCGAGCGUUUUCCCGGAGCAGUCAUUAAGAGCCUUUGGUCUGGUUUGGGACAAGCAUGGGACGAUCGAUGAACUGUAUCCUGAUGACAAUACAAUCAAUGACAGUAAGUCUGGUGCGGUACGUGCUGCUCGGGCUUGGAAACGGCUCAGUGGGUUGCCCCAACACCUGGGGCAUUCCGAUCUAAGAGAAGAGGACGACACCCUGCGUGCAGCAAGACUAGGUCCACCCACCCCCGAAUCAACAGGGAGCCGGUCAGAUAGAUUACUCAAGCAAACCAAGAGAUUUAUUGGAGCAAUGUUCCGUGGGUAA